AUGGCUUGGUAUCCGUCCAAUGCAAACUUCUUGACCACUCGUGGACUUGAACAUAUACCAGGGCAGUUUUAUGGCGGAGACUAUGCAGCAAGCCAAAGACUGAAUGAUCCUUCAGAGCACCCCGUCCCGCAAGGUCUACUUGAUGAUUUGAGUUCUUGGACUUUCGACCAAACACUGGAACUUGACUCCGCCUCUCUUGACAAUUACGAGGCCAAUGCAUUUCGAGUCGCUAUCACGCCCUCGCCCAGCACUUAUGAGAGCUCCGACUUUCAGAACCAAACUCGGGAAGAGCCUAUAGAAAAUGGUGAUAUAUCCCGCUCCUCUUCUCGAGCCAAGACCAAGUACGCAUCUAAGAAUGCUCCUAUGUUGAUCAGAAGCUGA